AUGAUGAACUACGCGGCGGCGCCUCCUCGGCGCCAUCUACAUGAACAACCACUCCACCAGCCAUCUCUAGCCGACGGUGCCACGGCCGGCUUGCUCUUUUUGGACGCGCCAUUUUACAUGGUGGUGAGGCUGCGUCUGAAGCCGACGAGGCCAUCCACGAGCCGGGGUCUCAUCUCCUUGCGCCCAGAGCCCUUUGAUGCCCCAGCCGCAGACCCUCCAGCAGGAGGCCGACCUGCCGACGCGCAUUGUUGGCUCGCAACGUCGCCGCGAUAUUUUGCCGAGUGCGCCCGGACGGCCCCAAGCUCCGUCGCUGGCAACGUCGCGGCCAAGAACCACAUCCCCCAGAAGGACGCCGACGGCAAAUUCCCGUGCCCGCACUGCAGCAAGACGUAUCUCCAUGCUAAGCACCUCAAGAGGCACCUUCUCCGACACACGGGAGACCGCCCCUACAUGUGCGUCCUCUGCCGCGACACGCUUUCGUGCAUCCUGAAGCGCCACUUCCAGAAGUGCUCGAUCCGUCGUGGCAACCCUACUAGCGCUAGCCACUUGUCGCAUCCCCAUGCGUACUUCAAGAGUUAG